ACUCCACCGGAUUCUUAUCGCCAAAAACUCUGGCUUCUGGGUGCCGCAGUCACGAGUUUUAGAUCUCAGGUCUCAGUUUUAGCUGGUGAUGACUACAUAGUAUUAUCUGCUUGCCACUUGGGAGGCUCCGAGAAGGGAGAGAUCGAAAGCGAUGCGAUCCUGCAUUUUGCGUUGUGCGACCGCCGAACAUUAUUAUUUGCCCUACAUCGGGCUGCAUUUAGCCCGUGCUGCUGGGGGCUGGAGCGUGCCAAUAAAUAUUACACCCCGGACAACCGAACGGCUGCCUGCUGUAUUGUACUGCUCUCGACUUAAGCCUUCCAAUCUUCAGCUAUUAUCACAUCGUCACGCUCAUCAUCGCUGUUGCUAUCUACCUUCAUUAAGCAAGUACGAUAUCACGACCCCCAACCCGACCACCUAGAACGUACGACGACAAGUUUCACAAAACGGCAUAAAAGACGCGAGACACUUCGAGACGAACCAACAUUUCCGCCUGCGGUUACCGGUUACCUGUGCGCACCAACGGCUUUCCGGUGAUAAAAAGUACACAGCGCCAACAUCAAAGAGAUACGAGAUCGAAUCAAUCUGGCGCGUUCGGCACCAGCACGGCUUACGGCUGUUGUACCGUGCGGAGUCUCUGGGCUGUGUAUGGUCUUCGCAAACGGAGAAUAAAGAACGCUUUUGGACCUGUGAUCAGUUUUCGCAAGGUCAGUUGGCCGAAACAGGCGGAAUAAUAAAUAAUACGGCAAGGACAAAAGUCGAUAGUACAGAACACCCCGUGCAGUUCCCUCAUAUACCGUCAGUGCGAGGGCGCUUUGGGGACUAUUCAGUUGCCCUGUGCUCAAGUAACAGGUUGCGUUCAUUAUUUCGGAAAAACAGUGGAUAGGAUUAACAAGCAUCAGGUUAAGGACAGGCUCCUUUCUGUCACUCACUCCUUCUCCACACGAUCUGCUUGGGCAAGAUUCAAACUUUCCCUUGACUGCCCUCGCAUCACAUUUUUAUCCCCUUUGCCCUCCCUUGUGCAUCACCGCUUGCCACUCCUCAUCAAAUCAAUCUUCUCUGUCGCAACGGGACAUACGUACGCGACGAAACACAGUUGGCUUCUAAGGCACCUAGUCAUUGGACUGGCGAUUAUAAAACUUCAGCCCUCGGCAGCAUAGGACAUCCUAUCUCGAUUAUUGGGUGUCCCUGUUGACCUUCAUACACAACGGACAAAUCGCUCAUACCCGAGGGCUAGACCGAUUGUUACCGAGGCGACAAAAAAAGCAUACCAAGUUAGACCCUGUGAGAACAAAAAGCAAGAGCAGAACAGUGCGUUCAAUCAGGUGGAGACCGGUGAUUUGCAUUGUCCGUUAGCCCAACCCGGACGAUCUCAGGUUUCGGGUUUGAUUAGCGGAGAUUUCUUCGGAAGAGGAAGAAUACGAGGCUGCUGUUGGAUGAAGGCGCCAAGCUGUGAAUUGUUGUCGCCGCAGCGAUCAUUCUGAGCACCGGGCGUCAUCAUCCGUAAUCUGCGCCCAUCAAUAAACCAGAGGGAAGGAACAAAGGUCCUUGAAUUUUGCACGACAGCCUCUUCAUCCUACCCAACCGUGCUGCUUGCUGUAUCCGCUAGCUUGGUCUAGUCCACCACGGUCCUGUCAUCCCUGACAUCCUUGAGAACGCCUUCCAUCCUUUUCCUCUUCAGCCCCGGACUGCAUAUAUUACAUGGGAAGAACAUAUCCCCGGCCUGGUCAGCCCCACACUUCGUCCUCGCCCUUCUCCAUGUCGCCCCAAUACGAAAGGCCACCUACUAGCACCCAUACUGCCACCUCUUCUUCCAGCUUGCCCGUACUUGCAACCCCUCCUUCUUUCCAUCUCCAUUCCUUUUCUCUCAUCGAUCGUGGUUUGACCGGAAAGCUGGACCACCCGCUCGACCCUCUAGGACAACAUUCAAAAGUCAGACCUACUCUUCCUGCACUGCCCUUCCCAUCUUUACGGAAGUCGCACGGAUUUUUACCGUCGAUCGCCACACAAGCCCUCGCGCAUUACCACUUCCCUUCCAACUACACACCAGCAGAUACAUCUCAGAGGAUAUCAAAGAACCUCAUUUCGCAGGCUCAUUCACCGUUUGCAUCCCCAGGCGCUUUGUCACUUUCACCCGAAGUUGGAAGACCAAAAAAGAAGACCAAGAUGGACAUGAACAUGGCUCAGACCGGGUCGAUGGCGGCGCUUCCUGGCAUUCAAACACCCCUAGCAUCCUAUGUCGCCCAGAUGGUCGUUUGGCUCUGGUAUGGGCAGUUCCAACAGCAGCAACCACUUUCCCCCAUUUCACCUUCCAACUCUUCCAUCCCAGAUCCAUUUGAUCCAGCAUAUCAACCUCAACGCAUUUCACAACUGAUGGUCCAACCUUCUGCUGUUUUCAGUGAAUUCGUGGCUAGGCUUCUUCAGGUCACUAUGGUCUCACACAGCGUGACACUAGUGGCAAUACUCUAUGUCUAUCGACUGAAAAUGAGGAACAUGUUUUACUCCACGCCUGGCAGUGAAAACAGGCCAUUUGUGGCUGCUUUGAUGUUGGCUAACAAAUAUUUGGAUGAUAAUACAUAUACCAACGCUACUUGGUCAGAGCUAGCUGGAAUUCCUUUGACCGAAAUCAGCCGUAUGGAAACCGAAUUCCUCGUUGGAUUGAACUAUGAACUAGGGGUUGAAGUAGACGAGUACGAACGCUGGAAGAUGUUGUUGGACGAAUUCAUGUUGUCUCGGGGCCCAGGUAAUGCUAUGCCUGCUGCAAAGCAUAAGUGGAUCUCUGGUCAGACACCAUUCAACCCCAAUCUAGCGUGCACUCCAACGUUCUCCUAUAAUACUCGGGCGAAAUCGGCAUCGCCGCCUAGACGACUACGUCCUGAUUAUGCUGCUCUCCCGGGCAGUAGGAAACGAUCGGCAGCUGAUGCCUUCUUCCCUGAUUCAGUACCGCCUCCUUUACACGAUAAUUAUCUUCCAGUUCCUCCGCCCAGUCAACCUUAUUCUCAAGAGCCGCCCCUUCCUUCCCUUCGCACAAGACCUGCUUUAGUCGCUCAGACUUCCAACUCGUCUCUGGCGCGGUCAGCGUCACUUAACAGACAGCUAGCGCGUCUUCCUUCAAAUUUUGGUGGUCGUCGAGGUUCGACAGGACAUGUAUACCCAGCACCAACACCGAAAGAACCGGCAUUGCAGUAUCAGCAGCCCUCGCCAUCGACUUAUGGUCAGUUAGUACAGGCCGCCAUGCAAACGGGAUGGGAUAGCAACCGGGCCUUACUAGCACCUUAUGAUGACAGCCUUGCCCAGCCUCACUUAGUUCCUCCGGAGCACCUCAUGUUUUAUUCACUUGCGGCUGAGCCACAAACAGGAACUGCCGGUCAACCUCGCAAGGCCAUCUUGCGCUAUCAAGCUCCUGCUGUUGAACAUUCUUUCAACUACGCAUCUCAUCCUUCAUACCCGCCAUAUAAUCCUCAAGCAUCUCAAGCCUCGUACCCUUACCAAGUUCCUCCGCCUCCGGAUUUAUCUCCUCAGGAUGUCGUUAUGUUCGACGACCACCUCCGUCCUCCAGCAUCGUAUUAUCCGCCUGGUCAUGCCGAUUCCCACUCCGAGACUCAGGGAAUGUAUACACCUGACCCAUACAUAGCUGCGCCAGUCUGGCGAACGCCUAUGCAAGUAGGCCCACAGCCAGCUCAAUUCGCGAAUGCCGGGCCGCCUGGAUACGUUUAUAACCCGUAUAUGCCUACCACAGCCAGGUGGGCAGGUUUCACCCCGGCAACCCACGGUGAACCGAUCUACCCUGGCUGGACAAGGACGUCGGAUGGGGUGUUAUACUAUCACUCUGAGCCGCAGGUUGAAGGGCCACCAGUGUGGACAUCAAGGAGCGAAUGGUCGAGUCCUGUUUCGAGAUUCCACAUGUGAAAACCUCACGAAAUUGUUUCAAGGUUCAAGAGUUUGAAAGUUUGAUGUUGGAAUUCAUAGACGAUAAUUAUGUUUGUAACGUUAAUUUCUGGUUUUUUUCGGUUCUUGUUUGUUCUCAAUCCUCGCAUUUUUUACCACGUACAUAUCAUUCAUCACUCGUUCGCAUUAUCAAUCAAUUCAUUCCAGCGGUUAUGACAUAGUCGAUAUAGGCGUGUCGUUUUCAAAAGUCUACUCUCAGUGAGGCUUUACUUCAUAUCAUUAACUAUGAAUAGACAAGAAUUUUCAA